AUGAUUCACCCCAAACUCCUCCCAUCGCAGGAACUCGCCCUCCACCGGGUGGCAGCGCAGCAGCACGAGUUCGCCAAACACAACGCCCUCCUCCACGCAGGCGGACUGAACGCCAUCGCCGGCGACGCCCCGUCAUCCCCCACCGCCAGCCAAACAUUCUCCGCGUGUACAUCCACCACCACCCCCAUCGGCACUCUCGCCUGUGGAGGCUCUAAUAGCACCGCUCCAGCCGCUAUCGCACGGCCAGAGAUUCGUCCACGCCCAGAGUGGGCCACCACAUUGGAGGAUGUUGAUACGUUUGAGUUGCCAGAGCAUCAUUUGAUUGGAUCUGUGCCAGACACUCGACGACGUAUAGCAGUGCAGUAUAUUGCAGAUCAGUAUGAUCGUCAAUGGCUUGUACAACGAUCAGUGACAACAUCAACAACAACGGCAACGGCUACAGUGACAGGAGUAACGAAAGGAAAAACGGGGAGUAUUGAUUCAACAAGUACAACUCCUUCAUCUGUGCCAUCUUUUUCACGAAAUGAUAUUUCUAUUUCACUUUUUGAAGACCUUAUUACAGCCUUUGAAGUGGGAUCCUAUAGUAAUCCUGAAAUUCCUGUACAACGACAACCUGUCUCUAGUUUCGACGGUGUCGUCGCAAUUGGAGCAGAUCCCGCAAUAGUAGAGGAAGUACGACAAUAUUGGCUUGGUAAAAGGGAAGCCUUAGGUGGUAAUGUACCAUGUAUUCCAUCAUUACACAUGAACGUCCGAGAGGAUAAUCAAUCUUCACUUUGUCAUGCUGAUGUUCUGCAAUAUUGUCCACUUCCAUUUAAUUAUAGGGACUGGUCAAUAGCAGUAUUACAACGGCGUGUUCCACAAAGUUAUGAAGGUAAUAUAAUUAAAAAAGCACCUGAAGAUGAUGAAGUAAAUGAGGAUGAAGGAACGGAAGUAACAGGUAGAAAGCGUAAGCGUUGUAUCAAUGAAAAACCAUCUUCACUUAAUGAAGAUUUUUUAGAGGCUGAAGAAAACGAGCGUCACACGCUUGUGUCAUGUGGAUUGAAAGUUGCACAGGCAGUGUUAGAACGUGAGGAAUGGAAAUUAACACACACACACUUAGCACUCUAUGAAUUGGCUCUUUUGCGACAGUUUGCAAUGGUGGAGCGCGACGCACCUGAUGGUGGAUCUAACCCAAAUCCUUCCACUCCGUGGGUGAGUGAUGAGGCUCUACAGGAAGAAUGGGAUUGCGAUGAUGAGGCAAUGGAUAAGUUCCAUGAUGGAAUAAAUGCCAGAGCUAAGAGUGCCGCGUUGGAAAGUGUGAUGGCGAUUGGCAAGCGAAUGCGUUGA